AUGACUCAAGACACCAGUUCUGAGAGUGUCCAGAAGCCCAGAGUAGAGUCACCUACAACCAGCCUGCUAUCAAUGAAGAGUGAUCAGCCACCUGCUUUCAGCCAGGAACCAUUACCAGAUGACAAUAAGGAAGUGGAGAGUUUGGACAGUGAGGAUGUAUUAAAGAUCACACACAACCUUCUGGACAGAAGAAGUCAAACUCUGCUGACAGUCCAACAAGACAUUAAGGCUAAACUGAAACACCGGUAUCAACACAUAUCUGAAGGAAUUGGACACCAUGGAAACCAAAGUCUGUUCAAGGACAUCUACACAGAGCUCUACAUCACAGAGGGUGGAAGUGGAGGGCUCAAUAAUGAACAUGAGGUUAGACAGAUAGAGAUGGCAUCCAAAAAACAAACCACACAAGAGACAUCAAUCAAAUGCAACGACAUCUUCAAGACGUUACCUGUACAAGACAAACCUAUCAGAACUGUGCUGACCAAAGGAAUCGCAGGCAUUGGAAAAACAGUCUCUGUGCAGAAGGUCAUCCUUGACUGGGCAGAGGGAAAAGCAAAUCAGGACGUUCUUUUCAUGUUUCCUCUUCCUUUCCGUGAUCUGAACCUGAAAAAGGACCAAUACAGUCUGAUGCAACUUCUUUCCCACUACUUCCCAGAGCUGAAAGAGAUUGACAGCAUUGAAGAUGGUGAAACCAAAACUGUUUUCAUUUUUGAUGGUCUGGAUGAGUGUCGACUUCCUCUAGACUUCAAAAACAAUGAGAAGUGCUGUGAUGUCACGAAGCCAACCUCAGUGGACGUGCUGCUGACAAACCUCAUCAAGGGGAAUCUGCUUCCCUCUGCUCUCCUCUGGAUAACCACACGGCCUGCAGCAGCCAAUCAGAUCUCUCCUGAGUGUGUUGACCAGGUGACAGAGGUACGAGGGUUCAAUGAUCCACAGAAGGAGGUGUACUUCAGGAAGAAAAUCACAGAUCAGAAUCUGGCCAAUGAAAUCAUCAAACACAUGAAGACAUCAAGGAGCCUCCACAUCAUGUGCCACAUACCAGUCUUCUGUUGGAUAUCAGCCACUGUCCUUGAGAUGAUACUGAACAAGGCAGAGAAGGAUGAAGUUCCCAAAACUCUGACCCAGAUGUACUCACACUUCAUACUCAUCCAAAUCAUUGUGAAGAACAGGAAGUACAACAAAGUCACAGAGACAAACCCAAAGGAACUGUCUCAGUCAGACAAAGAGAUGAUCCUGAAACUGGCCAAGCUGGCUUUCCAACAGCUGCAGAAGGGCAACCUGAUCUUCUAUGAGGAGGACCUGAGAGAGUGUGGCCUUGACGUCACAGAGGCAUCAGAGUACUCAGCAUUGUGUACAGAGAUCUUUAAAGAAGAAUCUGGGCUGUACCAAGACAAGGAGGAAGAUGAGGAGGAGAAUGAUGAGAAGGAGGAAGAUGAGGAGAAGAAUUAUGAGGAGGAGAUGGAUGACGACAACAACGACGAUGACGAUGAGGAAGAUGAUGACAAUGAUGAAGAGAAGGAGUCUUUCAAAUUGUCUGACUUACACAGGAGAGCAGUGGACCAGGCCUUGAAGAGUGAGAAUGGACACCUGGACCUGUUCCUCCGCUUCCUUCUGGGUCUCUCACUGGAGUCCAAUCAGAAUCUGUUACGAGGCCUUCUGACACAGACAGGAAGUACAACACAGACCAAUGAGAAAAGAGUUAAGAGAACAGUCAGGUACCUUUCAGACAAGAUCGACGAAGAAUCCUCACCAGAAAGGAUCAUCAACUUGUUCCACUGUCUGAAUGAACUUGGUUCCAACUCUCUAGCUGAAGACAUGCAGACCUACCUGCGAUCAGGAACUCUUUCAGAAACAAUACUAGAACCUGACCAAUGUUCAGCCGUGGCCUACCUGUUACUGAUGUCAGAGGAGGUGCUGGAGGAGUUUGACCUGAAGACAUACAACACAUCAGAGAAAGGUUAUCAAAGGUUGCUGCCGGUAGUGAAAACCUGCAAGAGAGCACUUCUUGGUCACUGUGGUCUGACAGAGGGUUGCUGUUCAGAUCUGGUCUCAGUCCUGAGUUCACCCAACUCACAACUGAAGCAACUGGAGCUGAGAGACAAUGACCUGCAGGACUCAGGAGUUACACUGCUGUCUGCUGGACUGGUGGAUCCAGACUGUAAACUACACACACUGGGAUGCCCGUCAUCUCACCCUGGACCCAAAUACAGCACACCCACACCUGAUACUGUCUGA